AAGAUAAUCAAAUUAUUCGUUAUGAAACUGAUAAAAGUGGAUUUUUGUAUCUGCGUGAGUCGGUUUUGACACUGCACAAUCGAAAAACCAACCAUGAGUAACCUACAGACUUACUUUCGUAACGCAGGAAUUGUCGCACGGCCGAACGCUAAUGACGGGCUGUGGCUAAUGUUUUUGUUGCCAGCUGCUGUAAUUACAUCAGCAUUUAACCACCCAAUUGUUUUGACACCUACAUACAAAUUAGUGUCGGUGUCAUGUUUGGGAUUAAUUUGUUCAUCAAUUGUUUUCAUCCAUUCGUGUUUGAGGGGGCAAAAACUGGGCAAAACUGUCAUAUGGGAUUUACCCAUUAUUCUUACAGUAACCGCCAUCUUCCACUUAUAUAUUAAAACAGCCCUGAUUGUCUCCAUCUUAAGCACAUUAACAUGCACCCUAAUCUAUCGACGUGCCUUAAUAUUCAUGUUAAAGAAGUUCCCCCAGUCCUUCACAAUAGGAGAGGCAUCCCUAAUUACUCAGGCCUUAGUUAUCCUGCUUUAUGCCACGGGUCUGAACUUGUUCUAUUUUGUUGGAAAGAUGUAUACAAGUAACAUGCAAAUAUCCACUUUAAUUAUACAGGUUGGGUUACUUGGAAUUGGAACAAUAGCCGGAUGUUGUUACUUAAUGAAGCCAAGGAGUCCAGUUGCCUUCUACACAAUGGCUUCACUAAUAGUUUGUGGGGUGAUAUUCUUGCCAUUACAUGUUUUGUUAAACAGGAGCCCACUUUUGUGGAUCAUCCAGACAAUGUUCUAUGACAUGUCUUCGAUCAAAUUGGUGCUCUACUGGAGCUUCUGCAGUGGCACAGCCGUGUUGGCAAUAAGUAAUCAGAUUUAUUAUGCCAAAAAAGCCUCAACAAGUCAAAGGAAGGUCUUCCACCUACUUGCUGUGUCUGUGUUUGUGCCAGGGCUGUUGUUUAAGUGCUCCUUCCUGUACCUGUCAAGUGGUGUAGUGUUGGGCAUAUUCUUCGCCCUAGAGCUGAUUCGUAUACUUAAAAUGCCCCCCCUGGAUAAGUUCCUGGAGAACGGCUUUGCGGUGUUCGUGGAUGAGAAAGACGUAGGUGUGGUGGCGUUCACACCCCUAUACCUCCUAGCUGGGUGCUCGUUGCCUAUGUGGCUGCACCCUGCCCCUUGUGAUGUGACCGAUUCAGCCAUGUUCUGCUUGUUACCUCUAUUGAGCGGACUUUUGACCAUUGGGGUGGGUGAUACGGCCGCCAGUGUUGUUGGUUCCAACUAUGGAAAGCACAAGUGGAAAGAUUCCCCAAAGAGUAUUGAAGGAACUGUUGCCUGUGUCCUCAGUCAGGCCUUGUUUGUGAUCAUUUUAGUUUACUUUGGUUGGCUUAAGAGCCUUACAGUGGUUCAGCAUGUGAAAAUUGCUGUGGCUAUUGUUGCUACUUCAAUAAUAGAAGCUAAGACGACGCAAGUUGACAAUUUAGUGCUGCCACUUGUUAUGUACACAAUUUUAAUUUAAAUUUUCAGGCUGUACCAAUUUUCGUGUAUCAAAUACAUGACUAUUAAUUUUGCCCUGCUUUAAUGUGAUUAAGGGAGUUAUUUUAUUUAUGUUAAUACUUUUAUACAUGUUAGAUUAUCAAUAAAUGUUGAACAAAUAA